AUUACACCAUCAUUUGGCGAAGAUUAUUCAGCGGUGGUGACCUCUUCCAACCCAACACUCUACAAAUUGUUAUCUCUGGACUUUCAGCUGACACCCUGCCGGAGGCAAGAGCUGCUAAGCCAACUGGAACUGUGCCUUUUCUCUUGUCAAGGUUUUCUUCUUACACAGGAAAAAGAAGAAAAAAAAAAAAAGAUGAAGUUGGGCAAAGUGGAGUUCUGCCAUUUUCUGCAGUUAAUAGCACUUUUCCUGUGUUUUUCUGGAAUGAAUCAAGCAGAACUCUCAAGGUCCGGAUCAAAGCCCUAUUUCCAAUCUGGGAGGUCCCGUACCAAGCGCAGCUGGGUGUGGAAUCAGUUCUUUGUCCUGGAGGAAUACAUGGGCUCAGACCCGCUCUAUGUAGGAAAGCUUCACUCUGAUGUUGAUAAAGGAGAUGGUUCCAUCAAAUACAUCUUGUCAGGCGAAGGGGCAAGUUCCAUUUUCAUUAUUGAUGAGAACACGGGGGAUAUUCAUGCCACCAAGAGACUGGAUCGAGAAGAGCAGGCCUACUACACACUCCGAGCUCAAGCCCUGGACAGACUCACCAACAAGCCCGUGGAGCCUGAGUCUGAAUUUGUGAUAAAAAUUCAGGAUAUCAAUGACAAUGAACCCAAAUUCCUGGAUGGCCCAUACACAGCAGGGGUGCCUGAAAUGUCUCCCGUGGGGACCUCAGUGGUACAAGUGACAGCGACGGACGCUGACGAUCCGACCUAUGGUAACAGUGCCCGAGUGGUCUACAGCAUUCUGCAAGGACAGCCUUACUUCUCCGUGGAACCAAAGACAGGAGUGAUCAAGACUGCUCUUCCAAACAUGGAUAGAGAAGCAAAAGACCAGUACCUGCUUGUCAUUCAAGCGAAGGAUAUGGUUGGACAAAACGGAGGACUGUCAGGAACGACGUCGGUCACUGUGACGCUCACAGAUAUCAACGACAACCCUCCCCGCUUUCCCCGAAAGUCUUACCAGUACAACGUUCCAGAGUCACUGCCAGUAGCCUCUGUGGUAGCCAGAAUUAAAGCUGCUGAUGCAGACAUUGGGGCCAAUGCGGAGAUGGAGUACAAAAUUGUGGAUGGUGAUGGCUUGGGGGUCUUCAAGAUUUCUGUUGACAAAGACACCCAGGAAGGAAUCAUUACCAUACAGAAGGAACUGGAUUUUGAAGCCAAAACAAGUUACACUCUACGCAUAGAAGCUGCAAAUAAAGAUGCUGAUCCUCGCUUUACCGGUUUGGGGCCAUUCAGUGACACAACGACCGUCAAGAUAAUUGUGGAGGAUGUGGAUGAGCCCCCUGUGUUUUCCGCAGCUUUGUACCCCAUGGAGGUGUCCGAAGCUACCCAAGUGGGAAAUAUCAUUGGCACCGUUGCAGCUCAUGAUCCAGAUUCUUCCAACAGCCCCGUGAGGUAUUCAAUUGACAGAAAUACAGACUUAGAGAGAUACUUCAAUAUUGAUGCCAACAGUGGAGUUAUAACCACAGCCAAGUCUUUGGAUCGAGAGACGAAUGCUGUUCAUAAUAUUACAGUUCUUGCAAUGGAGAGCCAGAACCCAUCUCAAGUGGGACGAGGCUAUGUGGCCAUCACCAUCCUGGACAUCAAUGACAACGCCCCCGAGUUUGCCAUGGACUAUGAGACCACUGUGUGUGAAAAUGCUCAGCCGGGACAGGUUAUCCAGAAAGUGAGCGCCGUGGACAAGGAUGAGCCAGCCAGUGGACACCAGUUUUACUUCAGCUUGAUGACAGAGGCAAACAACAACCACAACUUCUCCCUGAAAGAUAACAAAGACAACACUGCCUCAAUACUAACGAGGCGGAGUGGCUUCCGGAGACAGGAGCAGUCUGUCUAUUAUCUGCCCAUUUUCAUUGUGGACAGUGGGUCUCCUUCACUCAGCAGCACCAAUACCCUCACCAUCCGGGUCUGUGACUGCGAUGCGGAUGGCAUCGCUCAGACCUGUAAUGCAGAGGCCUACAUCUUACCUGCCGGUCUCAGUACAGGCGCCCUGAUCGCAAUACUUGCCUGUGUCUUAACAUUAUUGGUGUUGAUCCUCCUCAUCGUCACCAUGAGGAGACGGAAGAAAGAGCCCCUCAUCUUCGACGAGGAGAGAGACAUCCGCGAAAACAUCGUGAGGUACGACGACGAGGGCGGCGGCGAGGAGGACACGGAGGCCUUCGAUAUGGCGGCCCUGAGGAACCUCAACGCCAUGAGGGACACCAAGACGCGCAGGGACGUGACGCCCGAGAUCCAGUUCCUGAGCCGGCCCGCGUUCAAGGGCAUCCCCGACAACGUCAUUUUCAGGGAGUUUAUCUGGGAGCGGCUGAAGGAGGCCGACGUGGACCCCGGCGCGCCCCCGUACGACUCCCUGCAGACCUAUGCCUUCGAGGGCAACGGCUCGGUGGCCGAGUCGCUCAGCAGCCUGGAGUCCGUGAGCUCCAACUCGGACCAGAACUACGACUACCUCAGUGACUGGGGCCCGCGCUUCAAGCGCCUGGCCGACAUGUACGGCACCGGGCACGAAGGCCUGUACUCAUAG